AUGCCAGGUGGAGCAGUUAUCUCCGAGCCUGUCGACGACACGCGCGUCGAGGCUCCGGUCACAUUCAAGGCCUACAUGAUGUGUACCUUUGCUGCCUUUGGUGGUAUCUUCUUCGGUUAUGACUCUGCUUACAUCAACGGUGUUCUCGGCAUGGAGUACUUCAUCCACGAGUUCCAAGGCCUUCCUUAUGAUACUCCCAAGGAUCAAUUCGUUAUCCCCUCUUCCCGAAAGUCACUCAUCGUCUCUAUUCUCUCCGCUGGAACCUUCUUCGGUGCCAUCAUCGCCGGUGAUCUGGCUGAUUGGUUCGGUCGUCGGGUUACUAUCAUUGCUGGCUGUUGUAUUUUCAUGGUCGGUGUCGCUUUGCAAACUGCUUCUUCCAGCCUGGGACUUCUCGUUGCCGGCCGUCUCGUUGCCGGUUUCGGUAUCGGUUUCGUCUCCGCUAUUAUCAUUCUCUACAUGUCUGAGAUUGCACCCCGCAAGGUCCGUGGUGCGCUCGUCUCGGGCUACCAGUUCUGCGUCACCGUUGGUAUGAUGGUGGCCUCGUGCGUGAACUAUGGCACUCAGAACCGCACAGACAGUGGAUCUUACCGGAUCCCCAUUGGCCUUCAGCUCCUCUGGGCUCUCAUUCUGGCCGGUGGAUUGUUCAUGCUUCCCGAGUCUCCUCGAUUCUAUAUCCGCAAGGGCCAGAAGGAUAAGGCUCGCACUGUGCUGGCCCGUAUCCGUGGCCAGCCCGAAGAUUCACACUUUGUUGAGACCGAGCUGAAUGAGAUUGAUGCCAACAACCAGUACGAACUUAUGUCUAUCCCCCAGGGUGGAUACUUCACCACCUGGAUGAGCUGCUUCAGCGGAAGCCUUUGGCACCCUAACAGCAACCUUCGUCGUACUAUCUUGGGUACCUCGCUGCAGAUGAUGCAACAGUGGACUGGUGUCAACUUCAUUUUCUACUUCGGAACCACUUUCUUCACUCAGCUUGGCACAAUUAAUGAUCCCUUCCUGAUCAGCAUGAUCACCACAAUUGUUAACGUCUUCUCCACCCCCAUCUCCUUCUGGUCCAUUGAGAAAUUCGGACGUCGUCCUUUGCUUCUUUGGGGUGCCCUUGGUAUGGUUAUCUGUCAGUUCAUUGUCGCCAUCAUCGGCGUUACCGAUGGCCAGAACCCCAAGGCUGUUAGUGCAAUGAUCGCUUUCAUUUGUAUCUACAUCUUCUUCUUCGCCAGCACCUGGGGUCCUGGCGCUUGGGUCGUCAUUGGUGAAAUCUACCCUCUGCCCAUCCGUUCCCGUGGUGUUGCCCUCUCCACCGCCUCCAACUGGCUCUGGAACUGCAUCAUCGCAGUUAUCACUCCUUACAUGACCGAUGCCGACAAGGGUAACCUUGGUGCUAAGGUGUUCUUCAUCUGGGGUUCGCUGUGCACCUGCGCCUUUGUCUACACAUACUUCCUCAUUCCCGAGACCAAGGGUCUGACCCUUGAGCAGGUGGACAAGAUGAUGGAAGAGACUACUCCUCGCACUUCCGCCAAGUGGAAGCCUACCAGCACCUUUGCUGCCGAUAUUGGAAUGGACGAGAAGGCUUCUCACCUCCCCACUGUUACCCAGCACGAGGUUUAA